AAGCGGUUUGCUUAUCGUCAGUCAAGGAUAGGUUUACGGUCGAGGUCGGAGGAAUUUUAUAUUACAAGUGAAUACCGAGUUUACCACGGAUAAAACGAUGACUGGUCAUCCUUCCUGCUUGGCUAUCCUCUCUGCUACACUGCAGUUAAGUCUGAGAGAUUAAAUCAUAGGAUCUUCGGAUUGCGUUUAAGGCAUGGCGGUUGAAGUGAUCAGAAAGUCACCUAGAACUAAAUUAUUUAAUGAGAAAUGGUAUAAACCAUCGAUCACAAGUACAGAGACGGGUGGGGCGAGAACACAUUCUCUGGACCCUGGAACAGGAGUCAAAUGCCAUAUUUCAUCUUCGUGCUGACUUAAUUAAAUAGAAAUAAUUAAAUAGAAAAUAAAUAGGACAUAGACUGUUACUACGUCUUUGGUUGGCGCGAGAAGGAACGUUGAUGGUCCUUAUCGAGUAUUGAACCCAACUGCGAUCUGUGCCAGGAGAAAAGUUUGAGCAUCAGAGAUGCACAAUUUCACUUUAUACGUAAAAGAAAGAAGAGGAUAAUACUACACCAAACGGUCUUUAGACUUUUAAAUCUUGGGAAUUGGCCCGUCUUGUGGUUGGGCUCGUAUUGCGAAGAAAGUGCGGAUUUGAAAUACACGUGCUCAUUCAGAUACAUCUAUUUUAAAACGCCUUUAACAAAUUUAUCUGCAUUAAUAAUUAAAUGCUUAUUUCUCGUAUGCAGUCAUACAAUCACUAUCAACUGCGGCCAAACUAUUGGGAUUUUUAUUAGUUUCAACUCAUUCACAUCACGAAAGAGAUUCUGGCAUACAGUAAAAAUCAUGAGGCGUCUCUCUUUAUUCACAGUGGCUCGGCUAUGCAGGCCAUUCCUGAAACAUAAAGUUCUGAAGUUCUUCACAGUGACUGUGAUUAUUUGUUUUACCUUAAGCAUUUAUCACUUACAGCAUAGACCUAUCCAAGCAAAAAGAUAUGUCAAAUCUCUGCCAAAUUAUGCAUGGUUAAAAAGGUCCGGUCAGCGCUCAAAUCAAAACGAUGACAGGGCAUGUGUAUAUCCAGUAUUGGACCCAUACAGCCCCGAGAUGAUGUCUUUUUUUGAAAAACCGUCGCCGGUGGAAUGCUGGAUAGAUGAAGACUGGGUUUAUAUAGAAAAUGGCACAUUUCGAUUUUCAGAAACAGCUUUGAGGAAAUACGGACCAGACAUCGAAUGUUCCUAUAGAACUAUAACGCGUGGCAAAACUGACUUUGAGGUGGAACGAGGUCCACGUGUGCCCUUCAAAGAUGGAGACCCUUUAAAGACUGACUUUGCAGUUGUGCGAUGCUAUGGUCGUUUUUGGAAAAAGUUUGAAACUAUUCUCUCCGGCAUCUCUUUUCGGCCUCACCUUCAUGCCAGAUAUAAACCAUCAAUGCUGUUGGACUCCUCAAUGGGUUUUAAUGUUCUCAUGUUUGGAUUUGACUCAGUAUCAAGAAUGACAUGGAUUAGGAAUUUAAGGAAAAGUUACGAUUAUUUCACCAAAGAAUUGGGCGGUAUCGUCCUGGAAGGAUAUAACAUAGUUGGGGACGGAACGCCGCAAGCUCUUUUGCCAAUUCUAACUGGGCAUACAGAAUGGGAACUACCCGAAGCCAGACGAGGAAAGCCGAAUGCAAAACAUGUGGACGGGUUUCCUUGGGUUUGGAAUGAAUUCAAGAAACUCGGUUACGUCACUCAGUGGGGAGAAGAUAUGUCCCACGUCGGCACAUUCCAAAUGAGGAUGCUGGGAUUUAAAGAUCCGCCAACUGAUCAUUAUUUACGGCCAUUUUUCUUAGAAGGAGAAUAUUAUUACGAAAAAUCUAAUUGCUUUGGUGCUAUUCCUACUCAUACACAUAUGAUGAAUUGGGGAAGAGACAUGUUUUUAAUGUAUAAAGAUAAACCAAAGUUUUCAUUUUUAUUCCAUUCCAAGUACAGUCACGGACAUACGUCACAACUACAAGUAGCAGACGAUGACUUGUUGGAAUUCUUGCAAUGGUUAGAAAAAGGCAGGUACUUAGACGACACCAUUUUGAUUUUGAUGUCAGAUCAUGGCGCGCGAUUUACUUCUGUAAGAGACUCUGUCCAGGGAAAAUUAGAAGAACGCAUGCCAUUUUUCUCGUUCCGUUUUCCAAAGAAAUUCAUUGAAAAGUACCCAAAAGCCUACGCCAAUGUGAAGAAAAACUCCAAAAUCCUUACCACCCCCUUUGAUAUUCACGAGACAUUCAUAGAUAUGAUAAAUCACACUGGCACUGGAGUUGCAGAUAUACGACGGAGAGGCGUUAGUCUCUUUAAAGAAAUUCCUAAAAGUAGAACCUGUGCGCAUGCCCAAAUUGAAGCUCACUGGUGCACAUGCUUGAAUUGGGAAAAGGUUGACAAAGUAGAUAAAAAUGUGCAAAAAGCCAUAAGUGCUGUUAUUCAAAAAUUAAACUCCAUUAUAGAAUCACAAAGUCACGUCUGUCAUAAACUUGAGUUGGGAAUUGUUUCUCAAGUUGUUCGUUAUAGCGGGGCAAAAGAAGCGCUCUUGCAAUUUAAAGAGAGCGCCGAUCGUGACGGUCGUCUGCCAGACUUUUCCGAUAAUAUGGCUAUGUCCGAGAUAUUGUACCAAAUUAAUUUAUCUACCAAGCCAGGGAACGGACAUUUUGAGGCGACUGUUCAUCACACAGUUCAGAGCGACAAUUUCACUGUAUAUGACAAGGAGAUAAGCAGACUAAAUAAGUAUGGAAACCAGCCCCACUGCGUCGCUGGGAAACUGCCCCACUUACGACCUUAUUGCUAUUGUAAAGAACAGUUAUCGAGAUAAACAAGCACGUUGUGUAAAGUUUAGCACAAUAUUUUAAAGGUACUUUUACCCAACAAGCUGUUUAAGUGGUACCCCUAUACGAUUCCCACAAGGU